AUGUACCUUUCGAUGAAGAAAGACAGCACGACUGACGAACGCUCUAUGGAGAAAAUCCAUCAGCCUCCACCGCCACAAAAUUCAAAAUCUGAAAAUGAAUGUAUUAUUGUUGAGGUGAUGAUUGAUCCACGCUCUUUGCUUUUGGCGUUAUGUCUGGUUGCGUCAUUUAUCACUGAUUCACUGGCAUUUAUUCCAACCCAAGUAAGUCCUGGGACUCACAAUGGGAAUGGGAAUGGGAAUCAUCAGUUCCACACAUGUCGAUCCAAGAGCAAUGCGCUCUUUGAUGGUGCGAUUGAAGAAUUUGGGGAUAGGAGUCCAGAAUAUAUAAAACGGUCUGAUUGUUGGAUAGUUGUUGUUGACGAUGAAGAAGCCAUUCGCAAGGCUGUAGGUCAGUUCCUUUACGACAAGGGCUAUCGAGUUACUGCCUGUGCCGAUGGGCAAACGGCUCUGGAUGUCGCUCUCAGUCGUACGGACGAUGAAAAUGCGGCCAAAUCAGUCCCCGAUUGCAUUGUGAGCGACGUUCGUAUGCCAAACAUCGAUGGGAUCCAGCUCUUGAGGGCCAUUCGCAGUCACGAGACAUUGCAAGAAGUCCCAGUAGUCUUGGUAACGGCAAAGGGAAUGACCCAAGACCGGAUUGAUGGGUACAAUGCAGGGGCAGAUGCAUACAUUACCAAGCCCUUUGAUCCAGAUGAACUUAUUGCCGUGGUGGAUAAUGUGAUUGAUCGACAUGAAACGUUAAACGGAGACAACAUUGAGGUAGAUGAUUUGAAGAAGGAUCUUGAUGACAUCAAAUACUUGCUGUUGGAAGAAGGUGGCGGAGGAGUCGGUAAUGGAUGGGUCAAAAGUACAAAUGUCUUUCUAGCACCGGACGAAAAGGAAGUGUUAGAGCUACUAUGUCAGGGACUCAUGACGAAGGAGAUUGCUGGAAACACAGGACUUUCCAAACGGCGAGUGGAGCAGCUCUUGACUCGAAUGUACCGCAAGACGGAGGUCAAGAAUCGAACCGAGCUCGUCCGUUGGGCGGUAUCCACGGGAAAUGUGAACUUGUAA